ACAGAUAUAGACUGCUGCCUGUCAAACCUGUUGUCAUUUCUCCAGUCGCCUAAGCUGUAUUUUGAGAUCACUUGUGUUCUGCUCACCUGCCAAAAUGAUGGAAGAAGUGUCUAUCGCUGUGGCCUAUGAUUCCCAUAUUAUUGACCAGAUGUCUGAGGAAGAGAUCCUGGCGAGUCUGGUAGUGGAGUCUCUGCCAAAACAAGUGGUGCCGUCUAAAAAGCAAAAAUUAAGAGACAACCAGGAGCAACCAGAAGAUCCACUUGACAAAUACGAGAGAGAAAACCGCAAGCUGCAGGAGACCAGUUUGCGUCUGGAGCAGGAGAAUGACGACCUUGCACAAAAACUUGUGACAAGCAAGAUUGCAUUGAGGAAUGCUUUAGAUCAGACUGAGGACCAAGUGGAUGAAUUGACCAAGGAGCUUUCAAAAGCUAAACAGCUUCUGGUGGUUACAGAGGAGGAGAAGCGAGGAAAAGAGGAGGAGGCUUCACAGCUCAAAGAGAUGUUCAGGAAAGAGCUGGACAAAGCAGAAUCCGACAUUAAGAGAUCAAACAACAUCAUCGCAGACUACAAGCAGAUUUGCUCCCAGUUGAACACUAAACUUGAAAACCAGAAAGAAGAAGCAGACAAGAAUCUGGCCGUUAUCAAGAGUAAGCUCCAGGAGUGUGAGAGGUGCAGUCGCAUCUUCAGUAUGGAUGGGUCGAUUUUGAGCUGCUCUGAGAGUGAAGACAGAUCUGCUCAGGAUGAAGCGAAGGCCUCUCUCAGAGAACAGGUCAAAGAGCUAGAGAAAGAGCUGGCACAGACCAAGCUACAGAUGGUGGAGUCGAAAUGUAAAAUCCAGGAGUUGGAGCACCAAAAAGCGGUUCUGAUGACUGAACUUCAAGCUGCGAAGAACACAUGGCUUAAAAAAACCCUGGACUCAUUCAAAACAGCUGCCAGCGGCCAACAGAGCUCCUCACAAGCUGAUUCUGCCUGGAGCCCCAAUAAUAACCCCCAGUCCAGCUGGGUCACCAGACGGUUCUCCUGGGCCCAUCGAGAAGGCAGAGCUACCAAAGUAUGAAAGGGAAAAUCAUAAUUGUAGAGUGAAAAUUAAUGAACGAGAGCACUCCUGAAAUGAGUCUCAGAAAGCAUGAGAACGCCAUUCUCUAGGGCCAGAGGACAACGAGAGUCACUGGGAAGCAGUAUCUGCCAUUCUAGAAAAGAAUGCCACAGAUUAGUUACUUCUCAGGCAAUCACAGAUGAAGAUUAUAUGAACAGUAAUAACAUAUUUACUUGUACAUUUUUUUCAAACAUCUGGUCUUUAUUGGAGUAUUUUGGGGAGGAGGUGACUUUUAAUUCACUACAUUACAAAUAAAUAAUUUAGUUUAUUCCGUAAUAUUUCAGAAGUGUAGUGAAGUAAACAAUCUGAGGAAAUCCUCACCUAUUCAUGAAUAUGAUUAUUUUCAUUUGAUUCUUAUUCAUUUUGUAAAUUGCGCUAAAUUAUAUAUAUUUUUUGUUAAUUGUCAGAAUGAGUUCUUGUCUCAAUUUCAAAAUGAUCUAGUCGAGUCUUCAUUUAACCACUGUGCAUUGAUAAACAUAAGUUAUAUGGAGUCCAUAUAUAAAGUCCAUAAAGGACAAGAGUACCUGAGUCAAAAAAACACUUUUAAAAUAUUUUUCAUUAUUAUGUUUAACUUUCAUUGACAGUUUUAUUUAGCAGCAUCAGUCCUGAUGAAAAAAUUUAUUGAUUUUCAAGAAUUUUAACUCUUUAAAUUAGUAACUCGACAUUGU